AUGCAGGUGAACGCGAAGGCGAGCGCUCUGGUGCAGUUUCUGCGGGGGUUGGGGCAGGCUCCGCGCGCGUACGCGCUGCUACAGCUGGCCGGCCGCCUUGUGAGUCAGUGCGAGUGCCAGGUGGCGCUCAGCCACGCGUUUGCGUUCCCUCUCGCCGAGGUCACCGCCGCCGUCGCCGCCGCGCACCCCGACCUCACCCCCAUCCUGCUCGCCAAGCUGCACCACGCGUGCGUGCUGGCGGUGCCAAAGUUGCACGUGCACUACAAGGGCAGGGACGAGGCGCAGUACCUGAAGAGGAUGGGCUACAGGGAAGUGGAGGCGCCAGCCAAGGGGGGCGGGCCCCCCACAAAGCAGCACGAGUCCACAGACCAGUAUACUGCCCGCAUGCAGGGCUACAUCCUCUUCUACGGCGCCCUGGUGCAGAGCGAGCGGCAGGGCAACCCCCACAACCUGUCUCACGGCUGGCAGUACGUCGCCAGGCUGCUGAACGCGCUGCCGGCCUCGCGGCUGAGCGCCACGGCGUUGGAGGCGUUCCUGAAGGCUGCCGGCUUCCGGCUGAACGCCGCCUUUGGCCGCCAGUUCCACAAGCUGCUGGCCUACAUAGACUCGGUCUUCAUGCCGGACCUGGCCAAGCAGGGAGAUCCGGACGCGCGCGCCGUGCACUCGCGGCUGCGCUCAUAUAUGCACGACCGCCAAUUUCUGAAGGAGCCCGAGGGCCGUCGCAUGCCAGUUUCGGACCUGUCAGGGCGCGAGCAUGCCUGA